ACUCGCACCCACGCACACGCGGCUGGCCCCCGCGCCCACCGCCCAGCCGCCGCGACCCGAAUCACCAUUGCGACUCCGCGAUUUUUUUUUUUUUUUUUUUUUUAAUUUCAAUUUGCCUUUGCUGGGCUUCCCCACCCCCAACCCCCCUGCCCCGAGGAAAGCAAACACUUCUCCAGGCAGGAUCUUUCCGGAGUUGUUGGGUCCUCCUGCGGGGAGGAGAGAGGGCUCGCCGGCCUUGCUCCUGCGUCCCGGCUGUCUCCGGGAGCGGAUCCCGGGACCCUCCGAACUGCGGCCGGGGCCCGAGUGCCCUGCGGGGCGCUGGUGCGGACAGAGGCCGUCGGCGCCUGCCUGCGCGGUGAUCCACGCGCUCCCCGGCCCGCGCCCGAGGCCCGGCCUGGCCUCUGCCGCCCUGGUCCUGCUGCCUGCGGAAAGGAAGUUUACUUUGUCCUCCGGGCUGAACUUGGAACGUGGAGGGGAGCUCCCUGCGCCGCACUUAUCCUCUUCCCCAGCGCUCCCACUCCUCCUGGGCCCGCGCCGCGGAAUGGGGUGCCUUUGGGAGUUCGGAGUUCCAAGAAGAUGGGAACCUGUAUUGGGGCGACCGUGCUUGACACGCGGGGGUAGAGGCCGUGUUGGAGAGUGCUCUUUGCUGUCGGGUGCUCCCCAGACAGAGUGCAGGCGGAUGGGGGCAAGUGUCGGGGUCCGGCUAUCCCACUUGAUCCCCGCAUCUCUUCUCCCAACACAUGCACACUCGGCGCCCCCAAGAAAUCUUUAGGCUCGGUCGGCUCCCGCUAAGGAUCGUGGUACCUCGCACUUCCAGGAGUCCUAAGGGUUGUUCUCCAGAGCUGGAGGUGGGGUGGGCUAUCUAGCCACGAGGGAGUCCCCCUAAAACAGAGGCACUCGCUUCCUCCGAUGGAGGCGACAGCUGCCGGGUCCCAAAGGGAGCGAACAAGUCCAGAACAAAGUUUGUGUGACGGAGCUAAGGCCGAGAGUGGCAGAGAUCCGGGUAGGGAAUUGGGGGUAAGGAGGGCAGACACCUUGAGUCCCUUUUUAUCGCUAAAAAAUAUUACAAUUUAGGGGCCUCCGAACUCCCAGGCCCAAGGCCGGAGGCGAUGAAGCGGCGCCCGGGCUCGGUUCCCAGGCACAGUGCUCGCCUCUCGGCUGCGGAGGUUCGAGGGGUAACCCCCGAGCGGUAUCCGCGACUCGGGAUGUCUCUCGGGGUGCUCCAGUCCCCGGCGUCAUUUUGGGGUGUAGAGGAGGGAGCUGGACCCCGAUAGGGCUCGGAAGCCUGCCCUUUGAUCGGCACCUCCGUCCUCCAAACUCUGCGGGCGCCCGGCCCUCACGGUCCUCGGGUCCUUCCUUAGAGGCCUGCUUCUCUGCAGAGCUGGGGCGCAGGGACCCACGCAGAACCCAGGCGGAGAAGCCGAGGGACUCCCACCCACUUCACCCCGGCUGUCGGGAAAGAGGACUCCUGUUGAAGGGGGUGAACCCUGUAAGAAAGGGGGGAGAACAGACAACAGAUAAAGAUAUUUGUGUACAAUAUUUGGCCCCCUCCACCCCAGUACUUUCUCAAGCUUAAAGCCUUAUCCAGAGCCUCUGAUUUUUCAGUCCCCUGAGAACCCGUGAUCCCCGCUUUCCACCCCAGGCGAAACUGGGUACUCAAGGUACAGUGAGGUGAAAUUAUCCAAGGCUGCUGCCACAGUAUUUUUCCGGGUUUUCCCAGCUGGUUUCUUCUGCAUCUGGCCCCCACACCAUCUUUGCUAAAGUUUCUGGUGAGAUCUUCCUCACUGUAAUACUGUUAAAGUCAACAGUUUUUAAAGGACCAAACCUAACCGGAGGAGAGGAAAGAUUUAUUUUUAAGUCUUUUUUUUUUAAUUAAUGUGUACUGAUUUUAUAUAUUUUCAAAAAAGGGGGAAAAAAUAAAGACGGGAUUCGCAGAGAAUUGAUGCUUGCUAGAUCUUUACCUUUUUCCUGUCUGAAUCUGGACAGGAUUUUCUUUUGCCUUCUGAAUCCGGAAUUUUUAAUAGUUAAGGCUUCUCAUAAAGCGAUAGCAUAAAAGGAGUUCACUACCUCUGACCAUUAUUAUUUAUUAGGACUGUUUUUUUGGUUUAUUUGGGCUUUGAGGUAAGUUAGUUAAGUUGCAUCAAGUUUCCUUUCUUUAUUUUUUCUCUUUCUUUUACUUUAUUCCUUCCUUCCUUUCCUUUUUCUUUCUUUUUUAUCCCCAAAAGCUGGUUCAUUGUCCUAAGAAGCAGUAAACAGUUAGGGGCACCAUAGGAAACACUCCCCUCUCGGCCUCCUUUCUCACCUCUCCCCACCCCCCUCCAUUUCUCCAGUUGUAAUGGUUUUAGGUUAUGACUGUUUUUACAUGGUUGAACAAUAAGUUUGGGAGAAACUGCCUAGAGGGUAGAUUUUGUAAUAGGGUUACAGGAUUUAGUAUGUUGUAAUAAUAUUAGUACACAACUAAUCCUCCUCCAUGUCUGAUUUUACAGGAGGGCCUUACACACUCCAAUUCCUUUUAUUUGGGAGUAGUUGUGAGAUAGAGAACCGAGCAAUCAUGUCUCCAAGUUACUUUUAAAAAGUCACCACUUUUCAUGCACUGUAUCCAGCCACCCAUUCUCCUGUCCGCACAGAACACACACUUCAAGGAGUCAUUGGAGCUCUGUUUUUCAGUUUGCGAGUUUGUUUGUUUGUUUAAUCUACAUGAAAGUUGUUAAAUUUUUAGAAGAUUAACCUUCCUUAAACACUGUGGUUACUUUUUUUUUUCUUUCUUGAGAUGGGCUUAAAACAUGGCAAAGGAAAUGUUGAACCUAUCAAAUUAAACCUAGUUGGUGGUGCCCUCAGCAGAUGCUGGCACCUCCGAUUUCAUGACUUCGGUCCAGAGUGAGACCUAGAAAAGUUUGUAGGCCCCCCGUUACAGUUGCCCUGAAGGAGUAACUCUCAAGGCUGGGAGCAGUCAGGCUUACUGUGCAGCUUGUCACGCUUGUGUGUGUUUGAGCGUGUGCGUGCGUACAAAGAAAAUCCGAGGUAGGUUCAGCAAUCUCCAGGAUAACUUCAUCAGAACAAGUUCAAGAAAACAAGAUUAUUUGGUCAGUCUUAUGAUGUUCAUAUUUUAAUUCUAUUUUUGGUGCUGCUAUAUACUCUCCUAAAAUAAACUGGGAGAUUUUUACUGUUUCUUAUGAAACCAAGAGUAUGGCACUUAUUACUUGUCUCUUAAAUGAUAUUCAACAAGUCUCGAAUUACUUGUAGAAAGAUGACUGCCAUUGGGAAAAUUAUUUAGCAAGGUAAAUAAUUUUGAGGAAAGAGAACAUUAGAAUGGGAUGAUUUCGUAUGUGGAUUCUUUACUAGCGAUUUGGAUUUCAGGUGUGUGUGUAUGUGUGUGUGUUGGCUUUUUCUUCCUUGGGUAGAGUUUUUUAAGAUUCCUGGAACGACAUGUUUGGCCCACUCAUACUCCAUUCAUUUAUUAAGAAAGUACUUCUGUGGCCAGCUUUUUGAAGGAAAAGAUCAUAUUGGAAGAAAGAUAAAAACACUGCAGAUAAAACUGCAGAUAAAGCACACUGCCUCUCAUAUAAAGUAUCACAAAAAUUUCCUCUUAUUCAUAUUAAUAAUGAAAUUCUAUUAUUUACCAAAGUAAUUUACUCAUUGUGAGCAGCUUAAUGGCAACACAUUGAUUUCUGGGCCCAAAAGGUUAGAGAGAACUAUAAUUAAUUGCUUUUUUUGAAAAACCGACACCUGCAUGAUAAGGCAGUUGCAAAGACCUCCUGUUUAAUCAGGCCUAUUUUAAGUUUGUGGCAUCAUGGAAGAUUUUGGAUGAGAAAAUGCAAGCUGUUUUGGGGGAUUUGCUGGAGGCCUUACAUACUUCCUAAAAUGUUACAAACACACACAAACAAGCGGAAGGUGGAAGGACCUGAGAGAGUGUGCAUGAAAGUGAAUUUGUGAUACCGAAUGUUUUGUGGUUUAUUUUACAUCCAGGUUCACCUAUGGUUUAUAAGCACAAGUGUCAAUUUAUAGGUUAUUCUUUGAGGCCUAUUAUUUCAUUUCUUUCUGCUUUGGCAGGUAGCAAGUUGUCUUGACCCACAGUCCUUUAGAAAGCAAAAAUCUGAAUUUUUGAGGUAGAGCUUUCAUGGAUAAGUGCGGGGUGGGAAUUAGGUAGACCAGCAGUUCAGUUUUUUGAAAUUGAGGAAAGCCAAGCUCAGUGGAGUAGCCAGAACUAAUUCCUUCUGCAGACUUAAUUCGGUUUUUCUAAGGUACCUCCUGAUACCGCUCACCCAGUCUUCCCAAAUAUUCUUAGAUUACCAAAAGGGCAGUCAUGGAGCAUUUGAAGGGAGGAGGUGGUAAAUUAUCCCAAGAACCAGCACCCCUCCCCCUCCAAAAGAAAAAAGUCGCUGUGCCAGGCUUUGGAAAACGUAGAUGUGUCGAGCUGUUUUAACCUUUGCUAGCCUCCUCCCAUGCAGAGGUGACAAGGUCCAGAUCAUAAUAUGUCCUUCAGUAUCUUCCCAGUGACCCCCAAAUUGAGUCUUGCUAGUCACUUAGCAGGAAGUUCGGAGUUUAUUUUAGUUUCACCUUAUCAGCUUGGCUUCUUUUCCUAACCUUAUUCCCCUGUCACCCUGAGAUGCCAGACCCCCAAAGGGGAAGAUUGACAGGUAGUUCCCAUAGCUCAGUUUUACCCUCAAACAACAGGGAUUUAGUUUCUUGUGCCUUUGCCAAUGUUUAUGUAGUCAAAGUUUAGAUCUCGCCUUAAGCAGUCUCUUUUACGCGUCACUGGAAGAGGAGAGCCACAAAGAAGUUUUUGAACAAACCCUUGCAACUGGAACCCCAUCUAGUGUUCAGUUUGAUUCAUCCAAGGGGAAGAUAUUUUCCCCCUUUCCUUUAUUGUGUACAUUAGGUGGGCUGGUAUCACGAUUUUCAAAGGACUGUCUUGUCUGUGUUGUUAUUUUGUCAGAGAUUUCCCCUUGUAUUCUUCCACUCGAGAACACGCUAAUCCCAGUCAGAACACUGAGGGGACUUGAAGGGGGCCAGUAAAAUGUGUCAUCUGGCUACAGAUCUCACAGAAGAAACUUAAGACAUUACAGAAAACAUGCAGAGCAUAUGUGGCGGUGUUUAAAUUGCGGUGGAAUCUCAAGCUGAAUAUUCAGAUGCAGGUUUUUCCCAGGUCUGUGCAAGAAAAAGAGAAAAAUCAAUCAAUCAGAAAUGUUUGUGAUAGCCUUUCGAAACUGGUCUACCAAAAGGAACAGCCAAUUAAAACUAUAGGCUCCAAAAUUAUAAUCUUGCAGGGUUUUCUUAAAAACAUUAAUGUGAUCUGAAGGUACUGGGAAGUCAAGCGAAGGGUCUUUCUGAGAAGCUCCAAAAAAAGAAAACUCAACGUGGUGCAGUAGGGCUGUUGUUUUGUUUUGUUUUCCUGGCUGGCUAAACCUUUCAGCAUGGGGCAUAGUUUUAUUUUUGUUUUCUCAGCAGACAGAUAUACUGGAACACUUCAAUUUUCUGCCUCCUAUUCUGCAGUGUUUAGUUCAGAUGAUGAAAAGCUGACAUAUUUGAAUUGGGCAUCAAGAACCUAAAUAGUACAAUGAGAACUAAAACAUCUGGGAUUUUCAUAUAAAUUGGAUAAAACCAGAAGAUCACCUCUUCCUCUGGCCCAGAGGGGGUAAAAGAAACCCAGAAAAUUCCAAAAAUCUUUUUGUGUGUACAUACUUAGAAAACCACCUCUUCUUAAAUUUUCCUGUAUGACCACGAUGACAAAAUUAAUUUGUAUGCAUAAUCCAUAAGAGGAACUAGAAUAUUGUUUUCACUAUAGUACAGGGAACAAGGCAACUGUAUUUACUAUAAUGGGGUCACCAGUUGCAAUCUUGUGUAACAGAUUAUUGAGAGAGAUACAAGAUAGCCAGACGGUCAAAAAAAUGAAUUGGAAUAUGUUAGUUUGUGAUGUGUGUGUGUGUGCAUCUUAUUACAACUUAAAAUAUUCCCUUUGGUAGUUAAAGAUUCAAACUAGACCUCAUGUUUUGUCCUUUUCUUUUUUUUCAUAUAAAGCUGUUUCAUUGGAAUUCUGUUCAGAAGGCAGAUGGAUUUAAAGUUAAGAACUAUUAAAAUGUAGCAACACCUGCUUUUGAAAUAAUCAAAAUAGCCUACGGAGAUGACCACACACCAUUUGUACAACAGAAGUUGGUGUUCCCCAUGCUGGGCAAACAAUGGGACGCCAUCCUGUCUUUGAAUAGGAUGUUAGCUUGGAGUUGGAGAUUUUUAUGUUUAAUUUACAAAUGGAUCUUAGUGAGAAGAAAUCUGAGCAACCAGUGGAAACAAACAUGAAAUAAAGGGAUUUUAUAAUGAAAGGAGACACAGAGAAGGGUCAACCCAACCGCACCACUAAGAGCAAGGAUGCCCACGUCUGUGGCCGGUGCUGCGCCGAGUUCUUCGAAUUGUCAGAUCUUCUGCUCCACAAGAAGAAUUGUACUAAAAACCAAUUAGUUCUAAUCGUAAAUGAAAGUCCAGCCUCCCCACCUGAAACCUUUUCAAGCCCCAGCCCCCCUCCCGAUCAUCCCCAGGAACAAAUGAAUGACACGGCUAACAAAACAGAGCAAGGAGAGUGCAGCGACCUGGCCGAAGCCCAGGCACCGGACAGGGAAGAGUCCAUGGAGGUGGAGGCCCCGGCAGCUCCCGAAGGCGCCAGUGGGCCUCCGAGUAGUGGCGGCGACAGCGGCGUCCCCCCUCGCUGCAGCAGCAGCAGCUCCGGCGCAGGUACCUCAGCGAUCACAACCUCUCUACCUCAACUCGGGGACCUGACGACACUGGGCAACUUCUCCGUCAUCAACAGCAACGUCAUCAUCGAGAACCUCCAGAGCACCAAGGUGGCAGUGGCCCAGUUCUCCCAGGAAGCGAGGUGCAAUGGGGCCUCUGGGGGCAAGCUGGCCGUCCCGGCCCUGAUGGAGCAGCUCUUAGCUCUGCAGCAGCAACAGAUCCACCAGCUGCAACUGAUCGAACAGAUUCGUCACCAAAUAUUGCUGUUGGCUUCUCAGAAUACAGACCUGCCAACCUCUUCCAGUCCUUCUCCAGGUACUUUACGAACAUCUGCCAACCCCUUGUCCACCCUCAGCUCCCAUUUAUCUCAGCAGCUGGCGGCGGCAGCUGGGUUAGCACAGAGCCUCGCGAGCCAAUCUGCCAGCAUCAGCGGUGUGAAACAGCUCCCCCCCAUCCAGCUACCUCAGAGCAGUUCCGGCAACACCAUCGCCCCCCCACACAGCGGCUCUUCCCCCAACGUUCACAUAUUGGCGGCACCAGUUCCCACCCCAUCCUCGGAAAAAGUGGCUUCGAGCGCGGGCACCUCCCACACCAGCAACCCCGCGGCCUCUGCCUCAUCCUCACCAGCUUUUGCAAUAAGCAGUCUGUUGAGUCCUGCAUCUAAUCCACUUCUACCUCAGCCGGCCCCCACUAACUCGGUUUUCCCCAGCCCUUUGCCCAACAUUGGAACGACAGCAGAGGAUUUAAACCCCUUGUCCACCUUGGCCCAGCAAAGAAAAAGCAAGCCACCAAAUGUCACCGCCUUCGAAGCCAAGAGCGCUUCUGAUGAGGCGUUCUUCAAACACAAGUGCAGGUUCUGUGCAAAAGUCUUCGGAAGCGACAGUGCCUUGCAGAUCCACCUUCGUUCCCACACUGGAGAGAGGCCAUUCAAGUGCAACAUCUGCGGCAACAGGUUCUCCACCAAGGGGAACCUCAAAGUCCACUUUCAGCGCCACAAAGAGAAGUACCCUCAUAUCCAGAUGAACCCCUACCCCGUGCCUGAGCAUUUGGACAACAUACCCACCAGUACCGGCAUCCCCUACGGCAUGUCCAUCCCUCCUGAAAAGCCGGUCACCAGUUGGCUAGACACCAAACCCGUCCUGCCCACCCUGACCACUUCUGUCGGCCUGCCGUUGCCCCCCACCCUCCCGAACCUCACCCCCUUCAUCAAGACCGAAGAGCCAGCCCCCAUCCCCAUCAGCCAUUCUGCCGCCAGCCCCCCGGGCUCCGUCUCAAGCGACUCUGGGGCCCCCGAGCCAGCCGCGAGAAACCCGGGUGGGCUCCCGGAGGAAGCGGAAGGCCCCACUGCGCCCCCUCCCGGCGGCAAAAGCGAAGAGAGCGGUGUGGUCCCCAGCUCGGCCUCAGCCCCGAACGCCUGCGUGCUGAGCUCCCUGGCAUCUGACGGCAGUCCUGGCAGUGCCUCGACUUUCACCAACCCUCUGUUGCCACUCAUGUCCGAGCAGUUCAAGGCGAAGUUUCCCUUUGGGGGACUCUUGGACUCAGCCCAGGCCUCAGAGACAUCCAAGCUUCAGCAACUGGUCGAAAACAUUGACAAGAAGGCCACUGAUCCCAAUGAGUGCAUCAUCUGCCACCGGGUCCUCAGCUGUCAGAGCGCCCUGAAGAUGCACUACCGCACCCACACCGGGGAGAGGCCCUUCAAGUGUAAGAUCUGCGGCCGGGCUUUCACCACGAAAGGGAACCUGAAGACCCACUACAGCGUCCAUCGAGCUAUGCCGCCGCUCAGAGUCCAGCAUUCCUGCCCCAUCUGCCAGAAGAAGUUCACCAAUGCCGUGGUCCUACAGCAGCACAUCCGAAUGCACAUGGGGGGCCAGAUCCCCAACACCCCGGUCCCUGACAGCUACCCCGAGUCCAUGGAGUCCGACACAGGCUCCUUUGAUGAGAAAAAUUUUGAUGACCUAGACACCUUCUCCGAUGAAAACAUGGAAGACUGUCCUGAGGGCAGCAUCCCAGACACGCCCAAGUCCGCAGACGCAUCCCAAGACAGCCUGUCUUCCUCGCCUUUGCCUCUAGAGAUGUCGAGCAUCGCCGCUUUGGAAAAUCAGAUGAAGAUGAUCAAUGCCGGCCUGGCAGAGCAGCUGCAGGCCAGCCUGAAGUCGGUGGAAAACGGGUCAGUCGAGGGGGACGUCCUGACCAACGAUUCAUCCUCGGUGGGUGGCGACAUGGAGAGCCAAAGUGCAGGCAGCCCGGCCAUCUCAGAGUCUACCUCCUCCAUGCAGGCUCUGUCCCCAUCCAACAGCACCCAGGAAUUCCACAAGUCACCCAACACCGAGGAGAAGCUGCAGAGAGCAGGGGCAAGCGAGUUUGCCAAUGGUUUGUCUCCCGCCCCAGUGAAUGGUGGGGCUCUGGAUUUGACAUCUAGUCACACAGAGAAAAUCAUCAAAGAAGAUUCUUUGGGAAUCCUCUUCCCUUUCAGAGACCGGGGUAAAUUUAAAAACACUGCUUGCGACAUUUGUGGCAAAACCUUUGCUUGUCAGAGUGCCUUGGACAUUCACUACAGAAGUCAUACCAAAGAGAGACCAUUUAUUUGCACAGUCUGCAAUCGUGGCUUUUCCACCAAGGGUAAUUUGAAGCAACACAUGUUGACACAUCAGAUGCGGGAUCUACCAUCACAGCUCUUUGAGCCCAGUUCCAGCCUUGGCCCCAAUCAGAACUCGGCGGUGAUUCCCGCCAACUCGUUGGCAUCUCUCAUCAAGACAGAGGUCAACGGCUUCAUGCAUGUGACUCCUCAGGACAGUAAGGACACCCCCACCAGUCACGUUCCCUCUGGGCCUCUGUCAUCCUCCGCCACAUCCCCAGUUCUCCUCCCAGCUCUGCCCAGGAGAACUCCCAAACAGCACUACUGCAACACGUGUGGUAAGACCUUCUCCUCAUCGAGUGCCCUGCAGAUUCACGAGAGAACUCACACUGGAGAGAAACCCUUUGCUUGCACUAUUUGUGGAAGAGCUUUCACAACAAAAGGCAAUCUUAAGGUACACAUGGGCACUCACAUGUGGAAUAGCACCCCCGCCCGCCGGGGUCGCCGGCUCUCUGUGGAUGGCCCUAUGACAUUUCUAGGAGGCAAUCCCGUCAAGUUCCCAGAAAUGUUCCAGAAGGAUUUGGCGGCCAGGUCAGGAAGCGGGGAUCCUUCUAGUUUCUGGAAUCAGUAUGCAGCCGCGCUUUCCAACGGGCUGGCGAUGAAGGCCAAUGAGAUCUCCGUCAUUCAGAAUGGGGGCAUCCCUCCAAUUCCUGGAAGCCUGGGCAGUGGAAGCAGCUCACCUAUUAGUGGGCUGACAGGAAACCUGGAGAAGCUCCAGAACUCAGAGCCCAGCGCGCCCCUGGCUGGCCUGGAGAAGAUGGCAAGCAGCGAGAACGGAACCAACUUCCGUUUCACCCGCUUUGUGGAAGACAGCAAAGAGAUUGUCACAAGUUAAAGGCCCUCUGGCUGGAGAGAGAGCAUCCCCCAUUCAGAAUGAGACCCACGGUUGCCUCCUCCUCCUUGCCCUGCCCCCCCCACAACCUUCUGGUUCCCCCACAGCUACCCCCCCACCACAGAUCUCUGAACUACAACGUUCUGAAGACAUUCUUUUGUACCUUCUUCAACUUCUAGAGUUCUAAGAAAGCUUAUUUAUUAGUGAUAUAACCUGGCUUUGCAAACAGAAUGCAAGCGUUAACUUUGGUCUUCUGUAUUUUUGGACUAAAUACUAAUUGACUAGAGUCCUGUAAACUUGCUGUAACAUUUAUGGCAAUUGCAAGUUGCCCUGCUAGGCGGUCCUAAUCUGGCAUUAACUUAUUUUCUAUAUCCAGUUUAAUAUGAAUCUGGUGUUGAUGCAAUGCCUCAGUGAUGCAUUAGAUCUCUAAUAAAAUCUGUAUAUAAAUGUAUACUUUGAUCCUGCUGGAAAAUUUUAUCAGCAAACACAUUGUCUAAUCUUUUGAAACAAAUUUAAGGAAAGGACUGAAAGUACAGACUGAACUGUGUGGUUCUUUGAAAGGUUUGGUUUUUUUGUUUUUUUUGUUUUUUAAUUCUAAAAUUCAACCUGCCUUUUUUUUUUUUUUUUGUAGAUUUAACCCUUUCCGUUUUGAACUGCUAUUUGUAUUGUGCUUUUUACUUGAGUCGUCCUCAAUGUUAAUAAGUUUCUGUACAGUGAUAAGCACGCAGAAUUCUUUAGAGAAAUAUACAAGUGUUGUUUUGGUAGUUGAAACUAAGACGUAACAUUUUGCCUUGUAGGUAUAUUCACAAUAGAAAAUGUGUGCUGGAAUUUCACAAUGCUGCUAAGAAUAGCAUCUUGAACAACCUUCAGUGGAGAAAAUGUAGAUGCUCUUGUAUAUACAAAAAGAAAUAUCACUUUCAUUAAAAUGUACAUAUGUUCCUUACAAGAGCAAAUGCUUCUUCUUGAUCAAGAGAGCAGGUAUAGUGUUUGUUUAUUUUGUAUUAGGUAUGGAAGGAAAAAAAAAUGGACUGUUACAUGCACUUUCUUGGAAAGUUGAAAGGAAGGGGGGGGUCCAAUUUCUUUAACAUUUAAUACUUACUAACAACAGAGAUACUGUAAUUUUACUCAAGUAAUCAAAUACAUUUUUUUUUGCAACAGAUAAAA